AUGGCAAACAAGGUGUUUGCUAGAAGAUAUUGCAGUGCUGGAUGCCUUCCUGCCACAUACUUGGAAAAAGAGUUUUGGAAUGAAAUUGGUUGUGGGAAGAUGGAAACUGUUGAAUAUGCAUGUGAUGUUGAUGGCAGUGCCUUUUCAUCUUCUCCCAUCGACCAGCUUGGGAACAGCAAAUGGAAUUUGAAGGGAGUAACAGAACCUAUGCUGUACAUUGGAAUGCUUUUUAGUAUGUUUGCAUGGCAUGUGGAAGAUCAUUAUUUGUACAGCAUUAAUUAUCAUCAUUGUGGGGCAUCGAAAACAUGGUAUGGUAUCCCAGGUCAUGCUGCUUUAGAAUUUGAAAGGGUAGUCAGAGAACAUGUGUACACUACUGAUAUUUUAUCAAGUGACGGGGAAGAUGGCGCCUUCGAUGUUCUCCUAGGGAAAACAACUCUAUUUCCACCAAAUAUUUUGUUAGAGCAUGAAGUCCCUGUCUACAAGGCUGUUCAAAAGCCAGGGGAGUUUAUAAUAACCUUCCCCAGAGCAUAUCAUGCUGGCUUCAGUCAUGGUUUCAACUGUGGAGAAGCAGUGAAUUUUGCAAUUGGUGAUUGGUUUCCGUUAGGGGCUAUUGCUAGCAGAAGAUAUGCACUUCUUAACAGGGUUCCUUUACUUCCCCAUGAAGAACUUCUAUGCAAAGAAGCAAUGCUUCUUCGGACAUGCUUGGAACUUGAAGAUUCAGAUUUUCCCUCUUCAGAAUUUUUUUCUCAUAAUAGCAUUAAGAUUUCAUUUGUUAACUUGAUGCGAUUCCAGCAUUGUGCACGAUGGUUUCUAACGAAAUCAAGGGCUUGUCUAAGUGUCUCUUCUCAUUCCCAUGGCACGAUUCUCUGUAGCCUUUGCAAACGUGAUUGUUACAUAGCUUAUGUUGACUGCAACUGUCACACGCAUCCUGUAUGCCUACGUCACGAUGUUGAUUCUCUUGACUUCACCUGUGGGGGAAAAUACACACUUUAUUUGAGGGAGGAUAUAAUGGAAUUGGAAGCUGCAGCCAAGAUGUUUGAGCAGGAAGACAGGAUAUCCAAUGAGAUAAGGAAGCAAACAAAAAGUGGCCAAAACAUGUAUGCACAUCCUUUGUCAAAUAUGUUUGAGAGAGCCGAGGCAAAUGGAUACACGCCUUAUUGUGAGCUAAAACUUGAUUCUGUUAUUGAAUUUUAUACUACUCCAGAGCACUCAACAAAUACACUAGAAUACAGUACACAGAAUCAAUCUGUCUUUGUACAUUGCUCUGAAAAUAAAAAACCCGUGGUGUCUGAGGUUUCAUUUUCUUCAGCCACAUCUACUCUUUCUGAAUCUCUUGAGAGCUUCUCUACUCCUAAAAAUGCUGAGGGGCAUACCAAUAUCAACUUAGGUAUUGUUGAUUUUGAGGAGUUUGGUGAAAGAAUAUCCAACAGUGCAUGUGAAUCUUCAUUAUCUCCCGCUGUGUGCUAUGAAAGCUCGGUUAAACCACAGGGGGUUCUUCAGAGAUUUGAUACAAAGCCCAUCGCGGACGAGAGCGAUGAUUCCGAUUCGGAGAUAUUUAGGGUAAAGCGCCCUUCUUCUCUGAAAGCAGAGAGGAGAAAUAUGAAUGAUGCUAUGUCGUCAAAGCAUGCUGAGCAGCAUCAGGGACUAAAACGACUGAAGAAAUUCCUUCCUGAAGGAAAGAGUGAUCAACCGAUGGAUUUGAGCAGAACCCAUGAAUCAAGUUACAAAUACAGUCAUCCUCUUAACCAUAAAGGUCGUGUUGAAGUCUCCUCCAGGGACAGAUUUGCAAGGGGUAAUGGCAUUCCCAUUUCUAUAAGAUAUAAGAAGUUAGGGAACGAGGAAAUAAGUAUGCAACGAGAUCACCACCAACACCGGAAAGAUAGGUUGUUGCAGCAACAGACAUUUAGGGAACCGCCUUCCAUUGAGAUUGAGCCAAAGCGCCUUAAAAGAGAGUACAUGAGUAACAAAGAAGAGAAAAGUGGAGAGGAUUCGGAGAUUCAAACCUUCACUUACCAUAAUGUUAGAGACUAUUCCUUAAGACCUAAUCCCUCUGCUGCAAAAUCUUUGAAGUAG